GAACCCCACCCCCCCUCACUACCCCCACAUCAUCUUCUUUGAAUAGUGUGCCAAUCAUAAUUUAUACUGUACAUAUCUUUAUACUAUUUGAAUACUAAUUUUCUAUUGAGAUUAUCAAAAUAUAUAUACAACUCAGCUUACGGUAAAAAUCCGAAAAAGAAAAGUUUAUAUAUUAUAGUACAUUGAAAUGGGUAGUUUCUAAAGGAGGAAAAAAGCAAGAAAACUUUAUUGAGAAAAGAAGAGUGUUUUUCCAAUGGAAUCAUCGGCAGAGCGACGUCUGAAAGCUAUUCAAAACCAUCUUGUUCCGGUCAUCGAUGACCGGUCACUCUCAUUCAUCCGGUCAAACCCAACCGCCGGCGAAUUUGUUCAAGGUCAGGGUUUCAGCGUAGUUCUUCCUGAAAAAUUGCAGACAGGAAAAUGGAAUGUGUACAGAUCUGCACGAUCUCCUCUGAAGCUUAUUACUAGAUUCCCUGAUCAUCCUGAAAUUGCUACACUACAUGAUAACUUUGAACAUGCAGUUCAAACCUAUCAGGAUUACAAAUACUUGGGUACACGUAUUCGGGUAGAUGGAACUAUUGGAGACUACAAAUGGAUGACAUAUGGAGAGGCAGGGACUGCUCGGACUGCAAUUGGUUCUGGACUUCACUAUUAUGGAUUGCAACCGGGUGCUCGCGUGGGACUUUAUUUCAUAAAUAGGCCUGAGUGGCUGAUCGUAGACCAUGCCUGCUCAGCGUAUUCAUAUUCUUCAGUCCCACUAUAUGACACUCUUGGUCCUGAUGCUGUUAAAUAUAUUGUCAAUCAUGCUGAUGUACAGGCCAUUUUUUGUGUGCCUGGUACCUUGAACACGUUGUUGACCUUUUUAUCGGAGAUUCCUUCUGUACGUUUGAUUGUGGUAGUGGGUGGGAUAGAUGAACAUCUGCCAUCUCUUCCAUCUACAACGGGAAUGAAGCUCUUAUCAUAUACAAGGCUGCUGAGUCAGGGCCGCAGCAGUAUGCAACCCUUUUGCCCUCCCAAGCCUGAAGACAUUGCUACCAUAUGCUAUACAAGUGGUACUACGGGUACACCAAAGGGUGUCGUACUAUCCCAUGCGAACCUGAUAGCAAGUGUUGCGGGCAUGACCCUUUCCAUCAAGUUUUAUCCUUCUGACAUAUACAUAUCCUAUCUUCCUCUCGCGCACAUCUAUGAACGUGCCAACCAAAUUACAUCGGCAUAUUAUGGUGUUGCUGUUGGCUUCUACCAAGGGGACAAUCUGAAAUUGAUGGAUGAUUUGGCGGCACUUAGACCUACAAUAUUUAGCAGUGUUCCUCGUCUGUACAACAGGAUAUAUGCUGGGAUCACAAAUGCUGUACAAACUUCUGGCGUUCUGAAGCAGAGACUGUUCAAUGCUGCCUACAACUCUAAGAAGCAAGCUGUCAUGAAUGGUAGAAAACCAUCACCAAUGUGGGAUAGAUUGGUAUUCAACAAAAUAAAGGACAAACUGGGGGGGCGAGUUCGUCUUAUGACCUCAGGUGCUUCACCAUUGUCGCCAGACGUGAUGGAGUUCUUGAGAGUAUGUUUUGGCUGUCUAGUAAUGGAAGGGUAUGGCAUGACUGAGACUUCAUGUGUCAUAAGCUCAAUGGACGAUAGUGAUCUCUUAACUGGUCAUGUUGGUUCACCAAAUCCUGCGUGUGAGAUAAAACUCGUGGAUGUUCCGGAAAUGAGUUACACAUCAGAAGAUCAGCCUCAUCCUCGUGGAGAGAUUUGUGUUAGAGGUCCUAUUAUUUUUGAAGGCUAUUACAAAGAUGAAGUGCAGACGAGGGAGGUAAUUGAUGAAGACGGGUGGCUGCAUACUGGUGAUAUUGGAUUAUGGUUACCUGGAGGCCGCUUGAAGAUUAUUGAUAGGAAGAAGAAUAUCUUCAAGUUGGCACAAGGUGAAUACAUAGCUCCUGAGAAAAUUGAGAAUGUUUAUGCCAAAUGCAAAUUUGUUGCACAGUGCUUUGUCUAUGGUGAUAGCUUUAAUUCCUCUUUAGUAGCAGUGGUUUGUGUAGAGCCAGAUGUCUUUAAGGAAUGGGCAUCAUCUGAGGGAAUCAAGUAUGAAAGUUUGGGACAACUGUGUAAUGAUCCAAGAGCGAAGGCUGCAGUUCUUGCUGAGAUGGAUGCUGUCGGAAGGGAAGCGCAGUUGAGAGGUUUCGAAUUUGCAAAAGCUGUAACAUUGGUUAUCGAGCCUUUCACGAUCGAAAAUGGUCUGCUCACUCCCACAUUCAAGGUGAAGAGACCGCAGGCAAAGGCUUAUUUUGCCAAAGCAAUAUCUGAUAUGUAUAAUGAGCUUUCUACAUCAGAUCCAGCAGCCCAGAAAUCGCUAUGACCAAUGGUAGACGAGAAAGCUUCAGCUGUUCCCUACACUUUCCUUACUCCAAAAUAAAUACCAAACAAAAUGAUUAUUGUAGAAUAGAAAGCUCAUAGAGGAUUUUUUUUAAACUCGAGUUAUUAAUAGAUUUCUUGUUGUAAUAUGUACAAUGCUCAAAUAAUUUAUAUUCGGCUGUUCUAUUAUAGAUAAUUUUUCUGCGGUUAA